AUGUUGACGGUUGAGAAGCAGUGGGUGAAUGUACAGCAGAAGACUUUCACCAAAUGGUAUGUUUUCAUUGUCACCCUUGAACAGCUGAGCUGGUCCCCUUCCCUCCUCCCCGCCUCCCCGCCGCCUCCUUGGGCGGAAAUGACCAGGAAAGGGCGCAACCAAGCUCACAGAUUCACCAGGCUGAAUGAUAAACUCAAGGCCCGCUUGUUGGCAAUCGAGGAUUUGGUGAAAGAUCUCUCUGAUGGUGUCAUUCUCAUUCAUCUGCUAGAAAUCCUUGGCAAUGAAUCCCUCGGUCGAUAUGCCUCGAAACCCAAACUGCGGGUGCAGAAAUUCGAAAAUGUGAACAAGAGUCUGGACUUUAUUCGGGGGCGCAGGAUCCAGAUGACCAAUAUUGGUGCGGAGGAUAUUGUGGACGGCAAUCGCAAGAUCAUCCUCGGUCUCAUCUGGACUCUCAUUUUGCGCUUCACUAUUAGCGAUAUCAAUGAGGAGGGAAUGACCGCAAAGGAAGGUCUGCUGCUAUGGUGUCAGCGAAAGACGGCCUGUUACGAGGAUGUCGAGAUCCGUGACUUCUCCACAAGCUGGAACGACGGGCUGGCUUUCUGCGCCCUGCUGGAUAUUCACCGACCCGACCUGAUCGAUUAUGAUGCGUUGGACAAGAAGGACCAUCGAGGGAAUAUGAAGCUUGCAUUUGAGAUCGCCUCCAAUGAGAUUGGAAUCCCCGACCUGCUGGACGUGGACGACGUCUGCGAUGUUCCCCGGCCCGAUGAGCGAUCCCUGAUGACCUACAUCGCCUAUUGGUUCCAUGCUUUCUCGCAACUGGAGCGCGUGGAGAACGCUGGUCGCCGAGUGGAGAAAUUCGUCAACAACAUGCACGGCGCGUGGGAUAUGCAGUCCGGGUAUGAGCGUCGGAUGCGAGAACUGCUGCGAGUGAUUCGCGCCCAGCGAGAGUCGUGGAAGAAUUCCUCCUUCGAAGGCACCUACAAAGAUGUGAAGGAGCAGGCCCAUCAGUUUGCGCUCUACAAGCGCCACGAGAAGCGACAAUGGGUCGCCGAAAAAUCAGAUCUGGCCGCCCUGUUGGGAAACAUCAAAACGAAGCUGGGCACGUAUCGUUUGCGCUCCUACGAGCCCCCGAAAGAAUUGAGUACCGAGGCCUGUGACCAUGAGUGGGAGUGCCUCACCAAGGAUGAACACCAACGGAGCCAGCUGAUCAACGAGACCAUUCGAGAUAUCAAGAAUGCGCUCCGAAGGUCAUUCGCCGAUAAAGCGAAUGACUUUGCGCUGACCCUCAAGACCCUGUCACUCGCCAUUUCAGGAUUGGAUGGAGAGGUCGAGGACCAACUCGAGCAUGUGAAAAGGCUCAACGACAAUCUCCCACCCCUCGAUGCCUUCCUGGACACGAUCGCCGAAUUGGAUGAGCAAUGCGCCGAGGCGAACAUUGAAGAAAACGACUUUACCACAUACACGCUUGACGAACUGUCCUAUGAGCUCAGUCUCGUCAGGUCGAGUAUCUCGAAGAAGCUUGCCUUCCUAGAGAACCAGAUGGUUGCUCGCAACAUGACCAAUCUCACGCCCAUUCAGCUGGAAGAAUUCGAGUCUGUCUUCCGCCAUUUCGACCGCGACUCCUCCAAUACGUUGCAGGAGCUUGAAUUUUCCGCGGCGUUGGCCAGUCUCGGGCUCGUCUAUGAUGAGCAGGAGAUGCAUGAGGUGUAUGUGGAAGUUUGUGGUGCCGAACGCCUCGCCCAAAACGCCGGUGUGAGCUUUGAGCAGUUCAUUCGAUUCAUGGUCAGCGUCACCGAAGACCAGAACACGGCCGAGCAGGUCUUCCAAAGUUUCAAGGAGGUCGCCGAUGGCAAGCCGUACGUGACUGAGAUGGACCUCCGACACUCUUUGAUCCCCGACGAGGUUAUUGAGCACUUGGUCAAGACCAUGCCACCUCACGAGGGCCCUGAUCUCCUUGAAGACCGAGAUUUGCCCAAGUUCGACUACAUCAGCUUCAUGAACCGCAUGAUCGAGGAUCAGAAGAGGAAAGAUGAAGAGUAG